CGCCAAAAUACAAACAAAUCAGUAGCGGCUAACAUUUGGAAAGCGCGUGUGAUUUUGAAAAUUAUUUUGCUUAAAUGGUUGUUCUGUGAAACAAAAGCUUUAAAUACUUAAUUAAGUUAUAUAUUUAAAAUGUCCAAAGUAAAAAAUGAUAAGGUUCCGGCGAAGGACAACGCGCAGGGUGAAAAUAGUGACGACUCGUGUGGUGACGAUACAGCCAGCGUUAGCACUAAUAACACUUCGCGCAGCAAGUCACCUACCGUGCGGCGCUCCAAAGGCCACAGGCGCAGCAACAAACCGAAAGCACGAAAACCGUCAUACAAAUACGACUACCACGUCAAGGAAAAUCACGGACAAGCCAUUUUCGGCAUUAGCUUCAAUCAGUGGCUGGGCAACGAUGAGCCACAUAUUUUCGCCACUGCUGGCAGCAAUCGUUGCACAAUUUAUGAAUGCCCACGCCAAGGUGGCAUUAAACUACUGAUGUGCUACGCAGAUCCAGACCAAGAUGAAGUAUUCUACACAUGCGCGUGGUCAUACGACAUUAAAACAUCGCUGCCAUUGCUUGCCACUGCGGGCUAUCGUGGAGUUAUACGCGUUAUUGAUGUACAAAAGAAUGAGACUGUAGGCAAUUAUAUUGGCCAUGGACAGGCCAUUAACGAAUUGAAAUAUCAUCCGCGCCAACCGCAUCUGCUGCUCUCCGGCAGUAAAGACCAUGCCAUACGGCUUUGGAAUACACAGUCACAUGUUUGUAUUGCAAUUUUUGGUGGCGUCGAAGGUCACCGCGAUGAGGUGCUUUCUGUUGACUUUGAUUUUCGUGGCGAACGCAUCAUGUCCAGUGGCAUGGACCAUUCAUUAAAGCUGUGGUGCAUAAACACAAACGAUUUUAAAGAGAAAAUCGAAUUGUCUCGUACAUUUAAUCCAAACAAAACACAGCGACCAUUCCCAACAAUAAUGCAACAUUUCCCAGAUUUUUCUACACGUGAUAUACAUCGCAACUAUGUUGAUUGUGUGCAAUGGUUUGGCGAUUUUGUACUAUCUAAAUCAUGUGAAAAUUCCAUAAUCUGUUGGAAGCCCGGCCAAUUGCAUCAAGGGCUGUCACAACUUAAGCCAAAUGACCCAUCAUGCACAAUUAUAGCCGAAUUCGAUUACGAUGAAUGCGAAAUCUGGUUUGUGCGCUUCGGCUUCAAUCCCUGCCACAAAAUAAUUGCGUUGGGAAAUCAGCACGGUAAAGUGUAUGUAUGGGAACUCGAUCCAAGCGAUCCAGGGCAUACGUACACAAGUACACUAAAUAAUCUAAAGUGUAAUUCUCCUGUGCGGCAGGUAGCGUUCUCACGUGAUUCCACAGUACUGGUGUAUGUUUGCGAUGAUGGCAGUGUUUGGCGUUGGAAUCGCACCAGUAUUGUACAAAAGACGCCAUAAGGACCCAAAGAAGGGGAAUUAACGGUUUUAUAGUACUUAGUCAUCGUAGAGGCAAUUUGCUAUAACAUAAACUAACCAAAACGAAGAUACCAAUUAAAAUAUACCAAACUGGGGGAGUAAAUGUGCGAAAGUAAAUUUCGAAUAUGGAUUAAUAAUUUUAGUUAUUAAGUUAGUUUAUAUAAAUUUAGCGCAAAAAAUGUAGUUCAUUAGUGUAUUGUGGCUUGUAAAGAAGAGAAAAAUGAUGUGGGAUAUUUCUGUAAAAAACUUAAUGAUUUUAUGAGUAGAGCAUUUCCAAUGGAAAUUCAAAUUGUAUCCAUAAUUUGAGGUUAAGUGGCAGUUUUUAUUACAUUUAAUAUUUCAAUAUUUUUUGAAAAAUAUCAA